AUGGCGGACGGCGCAUGCGGAAAUCAAACUGUCACGGAUGAAGGGUCAGAACAAACAUAUCUUAUCAGCAGUUCACAAGGUAAAAGCUAAUUAGCUGACGAUGUAGGUCAUCUUGUUUAGUCAAAGCCAACAUAAAUCACUCUCAUAGCGUUAUCAAACUUAAUCAAAGGCAGGCGCAAGAUUUGUAUUUGCGGGCUCGGUUUCUUUGAGCCGUGUAGAAUUCUGUACAGGCAACUGAAUUCGCCCAAUAUAAGGAGGGGUAAAUCCAUCUAAGGCAAAAUGAUUCUCACAUCAUAUAAAAAUACAUCAACAAACACUAUAACAAUGGAAAUUCGUGCAAGUUUCUGGGCAAUAAUAUUAAAGUAUAAGCGACUUCGACAGUCGCCUUGUCUCUAACUAAGAGUUAAGGAAAAGGGUUUUGUAGAAAUAGGACCUCGAAGCUUCCCAAACGGAACAUAUUCCAUCGAAUUUAGACAAAUAGAAUUGGGUCCUGCAAAAAGCAGAAAUAGUGUAAUCAAAACAGCACCACUUACUUAAGCCUGUCCACAAUGCUUAAUUUAGCGGGCUCGUCUCCUGUUCACAGUAAAUUGACAAUCUUGAGAACCCGAAAUAUCGCUAGAGCUCGAACCCGGAGAUCCACCACAGGGAUUAUAACGGAUCAGCUCGAUGGAAGGACGAAUAAGACCCAACAUUUACGACAAAAGACACGGCCUGUCUACAGAUCGCAAGAUUACAACAAUUCUUAUAGAUAAAGAUCGGAAAAAUAAUUCAUCUCGCCUCAAGCGCUCAAAAAUGCACGAUACAGUUACAAAGAUGCACCAGAUGUCCAACAUAGCAGGGGAAGUGGGUGGGGGAGGGCCUUUUAAAGACGAACAGCGUUCAUUUUCUCUACCCCGUUUAAAACAAGUGCCUCAUUUUUAUGACACUGAUUCAUUUCUUUUCUCAUACAGAAUAAGUAAUUUUCAGUUACCGACGAACGUGGAAGUAAAUUUUCUUGCACAAAUAUUGUUGCUGCCACAAAUGUAGUCCGCCCAUUUCCAAAAAUCGGGUAACAAAUAGGGUAACUUCAGAGAACAUAAGAAUCCGCACCCCUCCCCUGUCCCCUCCAUUCAAAGUUGGCGUGUUUGUUGUUUUCUAAAGGUAGCUCGAACAGCGGCGCAACAUUGCAUGGAGGGCAUGGGGGAGGAAGAGCUAUAUUUUCGCCUUUGGAAGUAGUAAAACGUGAAAAAGCCCCUUUGAGGGCGAAGUGUCUCAAAUCAUUUUGCCGCCGAUUGAAGGUUUAUAUUCUUUGAAAGGCAUUCCGGUCCACAAUAUACCAUUUUUAAGACGCUAUAUAGUGAAAUUGUGUACCCUGUUUCAGACUUAACACCCUGAAAACCAAAUACCCUCUCCAAAUCAGCAGCACCUACCCGUUAAGGCCAAAAAUGGUAGUGCUCCCCCACCCUCCUCGGACCAGAUGCAACUUCGCCUUUGGCAAAGAACUCAGACACAACAAAAAAUGCCAUAGAAAACAGUUAAGAUACCCGCAAUUUAUCUUAUUGUCGGAAAUACAACCAGCAUUUUGGAACACUAGAGGUUCUUACUAUCCUACAAGGUAGUUUCGUUAGUGUUUGUACAAGACUCUCUCAUACUCAUUUUCGUAGACAAUGACACAACUAGCUCUUACAGUUUUCGAUAAACAACGCAACUGGAUAAACUGGAAACUGUGAGUUUUCAUUUCCUACAUUAUUUCAUUGUAAUAAAAGACAGGUAAAAAGAAUUUUUAAAAGUGCUAUAAAAAAAGGAGCUAUCUCACCAAAAUAACAGUGGAGAUCUUCAAAUGACAUCUUGAGAGUUGUCCAUAGAUAAUUUUCAUCUUUCCGCAAGUAAAAAUUUUUCUUUGGCCAAAUACUAAAUCUUUAAAACAAACUUGGCCAAUAUCCAACCAAUUUGACGUCACGCUGAUAGGCUCCUAUAUGCUUGGUCAAUAUCGAUAUAUCUCAACAAGACGUUUUAAAAACACAUAAAGGAACCCGCGGGUAUCCCUGUCAAAUGAGCCACAGGGCUGUGCGCCACCUGUUUCAUUUUUCGUACUUGUUUUGGGUUCAACCUAGGGAAUCAAAUUAUAACUAAUUCCUUUAGAUAUGCAUGAAAUGUUUGUUUAACGAUACAGUCCCAUAAAGAGCGACAAAAUACCAUUGUCGUUUGCACUUGUACUUUAUGUUUAUAUUUUUUUAGCAGGCGCAUAUCAAACCGAAUCACCAUAUUCAGCUAAGUGUGUCUGUUUAGGUCCUCAAAGGCACCUUACAAUCAUAUUCUUGUAAUAUUAUUCUAUUAUUUAGACAAUAAUACAAUAAUCGAAUCUAUAUCAUAGAACAUAGACUUUGCACAAGAAAAGAAAGAAAAUUCUAUUAACAUUUUAACAGACACUAUAAUUCUGUUUCUUAGCAAUUUAGGAAAUGGCUAAGGUCAUGCUUCAUUGGAACAGCUAAGCUGAACUGAACUAAGAAGCUGCUAGACUGGGAAGAUCUGAAUAAGGAAAGAUUCAAUAAACAUGUAUCAGAUUCAAAUUAUAAUAAUAUUGGCUUACAUGACUCACUAUACGCUGUGAACACCAACUCAGACAACUUGAACCAUCUCGAACAGUAGGAAAACCUCCGACGUCGUCACUUCAGUAGGUGUCUGCCUCAUCUAUGUCUAUUUCGAGAUGUAGGUGUUAACUUGCUGAGCCGCCGUGGCUAGUUGAAAGGCAAAAUGGGAUACCACCUCGGUUUUGGGUCACCGUAUUUUUUUUUAUCUCAAGUACGUAACUGCUUCAAGGCAAUGGCAUGCUGUUAUAAACGUAUAGGUAACGAAUAAGCUGUUCAGUGCAACCGAGCGUAAGUUUAUAUAAAUGCGUUCGACGACGGAGAACACAAUCUUAUUCUUUUGACGUGGUUACCAAGCAUGUUGAGGCAUGUCAAGGCAAUUUCUACGAGAUCUUUUCACAUUCCUUUCAAUUGGGACAUAAUCAAAGUGCCGUUCUCAUUGACAUUGCGAAUUUACGAAGAUCACCCGAGGUCAUUUGAACGAUUAGUUCAAGUAGUGAAUACAAAGCGUUUGAGACAACUAAAAUUGAUUGAACUGCAUUUCAUUCGCGUCACUGAGGCUUAGUUGAAAAGUUGUGUCCUGCUACACCACUCUAGCACAGCAGUGGGGGCUCAGACAGACGUCGUCGUGCUUAUGCUGUAUCGAACUAAAUCCUUCGGAUAUGUGUUCUCGCUAGAUUUGAAUUCCGUCGCCACUUUUUUAUUCAAUUACCACUGACCUCAUACUACGUCCACACGUAUUAUUUGUGUUGCUUCUUUUAGGAGCAAGGGAGGCACAGUUGCUUAGUGCGCGGCCUUCGGUGCAUGCGCGAGAUCCCGAGUUCGAUCCCCGGUGACAUCACAUCCUUGUUUCAACUUCUCUCCUGUCUGUGUAGCUUUGACUAGCUUUAAUACCCUUAAAACGGAGCAUUGCAGAAAAGAGGGGAGUAAAAUGAGCGUCGACCUCAAGUUUAUCAGUUAUUACUGUCACCUAAAAUAGUGGUUGCCUUGCCUUUACCUUUUACCUUCUGUAGAACCUAUAAUAAUUAACUUCUUAGUUUGCCAAACUGAUUUCCAUACCCACUUUUAAGUUUCGAUAAAUUUAUUAAACUCUGUUAUUGUAAGUUGCAUGUUGGGCCAGCCGCCAGAUUUCUAAAAACCUGCUGCGAGCGGGAACCUGGUACAGUCACUAAUCACCUGAACGAUUUGAACUGGCACUCACUAGAACUGAGACGCAAAAUUGCACGACUUACCACCAUGUACAAAAUAGCGAACAAUAAAACAAGGGUCAAUAUUCCGGAGUACACUGCACGCCCAACCCGUGUUAAACGCUCUUACCAUAGCAGCAAGUUAAUAAACAUUGGUAGUGACAGCAACACCUGUAAGUACAACUUUUUUACGAGAACUCUAAAAGAAUGGAACACUUUACCUUUCUUUUUAUUAGAUCAGCCUUCCAUGGAGGCAUUUAAAUCUGCUGUUAUUAAUUAUUUUAAUCUCCCUCAUUGA